AUGCCAGAUAUUAGGAGGCAGGGCGCACAGACAAUUUGCGCUGCCCUAGGCUUCUUUGCAUCAUAUGGGUUGCUGAUUCUUGAGAUCCUAAUGGCCAUGGUUCCACUGCAUCACAACGAGCAAUUGCGAGGAAUACCCUUUCUAGAACACACUCAUAAGGUACACAAAAUGGAACUCAUCUUGAAUAUGGAAAUUAUUGCUGAAGCUGCUCUGGGCAACGGCUAUCGAUUCCUCUCGCAAAGGGUAGCGUGGCAUAGGCUCGGAAGUCCAACACUCAACCAAGAUGAAGCACUUGCUGUGGUAUUUGUCCUAGUGUUUGGCUAUGGUGGGGAGAGGAUUAGUAGAUGGAAUAGUAGGUUUUGGGCACUUUCAUGGAAUAUUAAUCGUUAUAGACAAACACACCAUUGUGAUUGUGACUAA